AUGUUCUGGCUAUUCAUAUUAGCAUUCGCAUCGAUUCAAGCUCAACAUGUCAGAAAUUUACCAAUGAGAGGGAACUUCAAUUCAUCUAAUAGUCAUUACUAUCCACCAGUAACAGAUGAAUUUAUACCAUACUUCUCUAAUGCUAACGCGUUUGCUAACGCGUCUACUACCCGUCUCCGUAUCCGUCGUAAUAGUAAUAAUGACUUCUCCGUUACGGUAGAUCAGAUUCUAAAAAUCUCUCGAGUUAUCAAUGGAAUAGCUCUUCAACAAGGUCUCACUAAGAAAUCCAUUCAAUCGGAAACCCUGAUCACCGAACUUUUGAAUCUGGGAUCCGUCAUCCCCGCACUAAUCCACGAUCUCAAACCAAAUGAAAUCGCGGCUCUGAUUGAGGAAAUCCAGAGUUUUCCGGAUAAUCUCAGUCAAUCCCUGGAAAUAGAUAGAAUUGAGCAACGAUUCCUUUUGUAUAGUUCAAUGAUCAACAAAAUUAAGGGAGUCGAGAAGAACUUUGGAAUACCGGACAGCAAUCAAUACCUGACAGAUGUUAAGAAAUUGGCGAGAACAACAGAGAACUUGGGAAAAAUUGAUGAUGGCGUCACAUGUAUGAAGUACAUAUUGGAUAGACUGGUAGAUCUAGAAACAACUACGGACAUUGCAGCUGAACUUUUUCUAAAACUUGUUGAGAUCCCAGUGAUGACAAACAGAGUGGAGAGCUUGGACAAAUUUAAGGCAUUCUUUGAUAGCAAGGUGAUUGGUGGCUCGAUUUUCGAAACGUUGACUAGAGUUCAGUCCGCGGUGCAGGAGUUCAGAUAUGCCAAGCCAGCUGUUAAUCUAUAUGAUACAAAAGACGAUGCAAUUGCUGGAAAAGUGGGUGAAAACAUUAAAAAAUUGAACGACUUGGCUGGAAAGGCAAAGUCUGCAUUAUCCACUUUCCACAUUCUUAACCAACUCUUCAUCCAUCGGCUCCAUCGUUCUGGUAAUCGAGAGUUGACUUUAUCGGCUGGUUUUUCCAAUGGGUUUAGUAAUUUGCAAUUGAUUUCUGAUGAUUUGAGGGAUCAAUGGGUCCAAUCAGUGGUUGAUGGACAAGCGGAGUCAUUGGCAAAAGCUAUGCAACAGUUUAAAUCAUUCGGUGAGGCGAUUAAAUCGAUGGAUAAUUCUUUUGCAUUACCACCUGGAGAAGACCAAGUUCUGAGACGUGUGUACGAUAGAACUGCUCAACUUGCUGAGAUAUCUGAAAAAUUUCGUGGAUUGGAUGAAAAUACGAAGCAAUUCAAGAUAAAUGUACUCAAGAGUGAAAUGAGACCUACCAAUCAGGACAAUUUCAGUAAUUUAAUGGAGAAAAUUUGGGCAUUGAGAGAUCAAUACAGUGCAACUCUACAAGUGAUCGACUUGGCUUCAAAGUUAACUGGAGAUCACAAAGAAGAUCUGUCAAAUAUGGUAAAAAUCAUUGCCAAUUGUGAGCCUGAAACUGCUGUAGUUCAAUUGAAAACUCUUCGGGAGAGUUUAGAAUUUAAAAAGAUUCUGAGUCUUUUCCGAAAUGCUGAAAAGGAAUUAAAUACUCUGGAGAAUGUUCAGCAAGAGGUUCAUAAGACACAGAAUCAAAAUUCGACGGUAAUCGGUCUUGCGAAGUCAAUCGGAGAAGAAUAUGGAGAGGUGAAGACGUAUAUGGAUGGUUUGGGUGGAUUCUUUGAUGGCGUAGAUCAGAUUCGAAAUCUCAAGGGAAUCGACUUGUUGGGAGAAGCCGUUGAAGCCGUAAAAAUGUUCCGUGCGUCUAAUGAAAGUGCGCUGAGUUUCUUGAAAAUCAAGGAAGCCAUUCCGAGUGUCCAACAGAAGAUGAUGGAUGUCCAGGCUACUAUGGAUACAUUUAAAGAUGGUUUGGAAGUGAAGGUGUUGGCUGGACUUCGGGAUGUACUACAGGAUUCUCAGACAAUUGGAUCGGCGUCACGGGUCUAUUGGAGUAUGGAGAAGGUCAAUAAGAUUGUGGUGUUGGACGAAAAAGCAGUGAAGGUUAUUCAGGAAAAGAUGAAAGGUGUGGAUCCGGAAGAUCAGGAAAAUCUUGAUCAGUUACUCCUGAUUGAUAACCAGUUGACUACUGUUUAUGCACAAAUCGAUGGAGUCAAGAAAUCUGUCAUACCAACACUGACAUCUGACCUAUCCUCACUUUAUCAGGUCUUCAAAUUGGCUACAACUGCUCCAGGAACCCCCAUGGAUUUUUUGAAGAUUGGAAGAUCGGUUGAGAAACUUACCAAGGAUCUGACAUUGACACCUGCACAGCUCAAGUCACUUUUGGAAGUCAAGAAGAAUCUGGAGACACUUGACACUUUUGGAUUGGACUUUGCUAAACACCACAAGGAUAUCGAUGGAUCGACGAGGGCUCUGAAUCAGAUGGAUCUAUUUUUUGCCGACUUCAAGAUAAACGUGACACCAGUUACAACUACUCCAAUGACUCCGCCACGAACAUCUUCGACUCCGCCACCUGGACAGUUACAAUCAAAUGCAUCUACUGGAUCUCUUGGAGAAAAUGGAGAGACAAAAGUGGAGGGAGGAAAUUGGUUUGAGAAACACCCUUGCUGGAUUGCGUUCAUCGCAUUCAUUACUCUCGAAUUUUGUGUUGGUACGUUUGUUGCAAUAUGUGUGUGGAAAAGAAAAAAGAGUGUGAAGAAUUCGAAUGAUGUUGAAAAAAGAAUAAACACAAAACCACACAAAGAGAACGCCAAGAACGAGCAAGCUAUUCAGAUGAGAAGCCGGUGA